AACAUAAGCUUGCUGAUAGAAUUUUGAAUUGUGCCAAAAGAAUAAACGGAAUUUUUUUGAUCCUCUAUGCACUUGACUGCCAACUUUCACCUUUGACAGAGUUGAUUUUUUUUUGGGUCAAAGACAGAGUUAAUUAAUAACUGGAGUUAUGGACUCUGAGUCUGAAAACCAAUUGAACCAUCACACACAUACAUGAUGAAUCAUUAUAAAAUCACAAGAAACUAAAUAAAAGAAAAAAACUAUCCGAAUAUAAGAACUCUACUCUGACUUAAGUGUGAGACGUCCCACCAUUGUCCCCUCCACUGCCACUCACAGCAACCUUAGCUUUUCCCAUAAUAAUAAAACAUCAUCUUACACUAUACAAUCCACUCGCUCUUCUCUUCUUUUGUGCUCCAAAACCAAACAUAAUAACACUCACAAACUCUCACAUCUCUCUCAUCUCACUCUGUUCUCCUCUUUCUUUUUAAAUCCCCAAAUUACCCUGGAAAUCGGUGGAGACAAAGCUGAUCAUAGCUCUUAAUUCUUUCUUCAAAUUCCAAGCCUCUGUCUCCUCAUCAUCUUAAGAGAAAAAGAUAAAACAACCUUUAGUUGCUGCCCAAACUAUGAGAUCCAUCUUAGACCUUGAGGCUGAAGCUUCAUCGGAACAUAAUCAUCCAGAAGAUACCAGUAGCCAAGCUGCCUCGAACUUGUCUCCGGUAGAAGAAUACUGCAGACCCAUCUCUCUGAAUCUUAGCCUCCGUUUCAACAACAACAACAACAACAAUUUGGAUCUUGAAUCAUCUUCUUUGACGCUGCCAAUUUCGAGCACGAGCGAAAGUAACAACCCAGAGCAACAGCAGCAGCAACAACAGCAACCGUCAGCAUUGAAGAGAGUCUUUUCUUGCAACUACUGUCAAAGGAAGUUUUACAGCUCUCAGGCUCUCGGCGGUCACCAGAACGCACACAAACGUGAAAGAACGCUCGCAAAACGUGCUAUGCGUAUGGGUCUGGCUGGGGUUUUCUCAAGAGGAUCCAGUACCCCCUACGCCACAGCUGCUCUCUCUUGCCUCCCGCUGCAUGGUAACAUGACAUCAGUCAGGACUUUGGGAAUACAGGCGCAUGGCUCGUCCCACCACCUAAGGCCAGCACCAGAAACGAUUAUUAGAAACAUUGCCAGGUUUAACCAGGGGUAUUUCAGUAAUUGUGUACCUUUCUACGUGGAGGACGACGAUACCGAGCUCCUCUGGCCGGGGAGUUUCAGACAAGCGGCGGGUGCCGUUAGGGCUGAAGCUUGUAAUGAUAAUUUAGGUGAAAGUAAAGUGGAUUUCUUGGAGGUCAAACAAGCAGUGGAUAUGGAGAGUUGUCCUCCAGAUUUAACCUUGAAGCUUUGAGCUAUCUCUUUUUUUUUUUUAAUUCUUAAUUUGUUGCACGAGCUACAUAUAACUCUAUUAUGUACAGUGAGAUUUCACAACCAUUAUGAUCAAAUAAUAUUCUCUCGUUAACU